AUGUCAGACAAUCUCUCGGCGCGGUGGCACCGAAUUCUCGAGCUGACGACGAUGAUGCGUGCCGAGACGUCAGAAGACGUUGUGAUCGCUCGUUCGAGCUAUGAUGACUUCUCGCAGCCGACACCGUGGCGUUCCUUCGAAAUUUCCGCCGGAAAUCGAUCAUUCUUUGUAAACGCCGGCUGGCUCGCUGAGCUCUCUCCAUACUUUGCCGAAGAGUUUUACGUCAGAAAACCGAAUUCAAAACGCUACGUAAUCGACUCAUCGACACCAGAGGAGGUUCUUGAAUUCCUCCGAUGCAUCACGUUCUGUCCAAUGAGAAAACCACUUACAGUGAAAAACGUGUCUCUCGUGCUCACAUUCGCCAAUCGCUUCGAGAUGCGUCCGGUUCAGGCUCGUUGCGAGAAUUUCAUCGGAUUGAAUGCGACGACACUCAGUCGUGAUAAGACUAAACUUUUUCAGGUGACAUGCGCCAUGUCGCAAUGCGAUCCAAAUAGCUCGACAAUGUCGGUGCUCGUCGACAAGUUGGCCGGCAUAAAAGAAGAUGAACUAUCGCGCCUGCACUUUGCCGAAAUGCCAGGAGACGUCGUCGCCGAGGUUUACGCUCAGAAACUUCAAAGAACAAAGGACAAAAAGGCGAAACGUUAUAUGGAUGCAGGGGAUGAAGGCGCCGCACCGGCUGGAUGUUGCUUCACUCAAUGGGCGACAUCUCUGUUCAAUCGUCGUCGCCGUCGCCGCAAUCUCGCCAACCAAUCGAUCGUCCCACCAUCCGGAGAUCAUCAUCAGAAGCAACAGCAACGUCACUGA